UAAAUAAUUGGUUCAGUCACAUAACAGCAUGGCGUUGAGAGAGAUGGGGGUUUGUUUUAGGAAUCUAUUAUGCAAUGUCAAACGCAAAGCUUUUCAUUCUGGUUUAAAACCAUCAGAAUGCUGGACUUGCAGGUUAGGCGGUACGUCAUUUACAUCUUUUUACGCAAAACGGUACUUAUUGUCAGAGGAUGUUAUACGACUACAAGAAUUCCAACAAAGAAAAAUAGCAGUUGCUCACCAGACGUAUGGCAAUAAAGAACAGUAUUUUCAGAAGUUAGAACAAAAGAUACAACGAAAUGACCUCAUUCUGAAAGAUGAAUUAAAAAUGCUCUUGCAUCUGUGCCAAACCCCGGAUGAUGUAGAAAUGGCAAAGAAUGUAAUAUACAAGUACCAUAAUGAGAACAGAAAUUUUGCUUUUGGAGAAUUCAAGUUUGGACCUGUCUUUGUACGACUGUGCUAUGAGUUGGGUUUAGAAGAAACUGCAGCUGAGCUCAUAAAAGAUGAGGCUCUCAAAGGAUUCUUUUCAGACUCAACUUCCUUCAACAUUGUGAUGGACAUGUUGUUUAUGAAAGGAUGCUACAAGAGUGCUUUGGAGGUUUUGAUAGAAAUGAAGAGGCAGGGGCUGCCUUUCAAUAAGGACACAUAUACACUGGCAUUUGCAAGCUGCUAUAAAUUGAACACCCCAGAGUCCUUCAGAAUCUGCACAACUCUCCUGGAAGAAUCACGGAUGAAGGGAAACGUGGUUCCCAGGCGUGCUUACUGUUUUGCAGUUGCCCUAGCUCUUAAACAGGAGGAUGUUGAAAAAGCAAGAUCCUUUUACUCGCAGAUCAUGAAUACUGAGAGCAAACUUUGCCUGAAUCUUAAAGUCCUACUGUUGGCCAUGACGGGAGCUGUGAAUGAUCUCCUCUCUUUCCUGACGUCUGCAGUCCUGACGUCUGAUGUUCCGAAAUUUGUAAGAAGGCCUGAAUUCUCUCAGGAAGUGAUUGAUGCCAUCCAAGACCGGACCAAGAGUAUCCCUGUGCUGCACAGCCAAGUGAAAGGGGCUUUGGCCAAGCUGCAGAUGUCAGGUCAGGUUACCGCACUGAACCUGGAUGAAAUGCUGUGUCAUGUUCCCAAUGCUAAGAAGAAGCCUUCUGUCACAUUGGAUCAGAGACAAAAGAGCCGAAGGACAUUCAGACCUCUGCAGUCCGUGCUGUUGUCCGAGUAGCAUCUAACUGCGAACAAGACCCACUUCUGUGGACAUUUCAGUGGCAGCGUAGUGUUGAAAGUACUAAAAUCAGAUGAAAUGUGCAGGAUUGUGGUUGCUGUUUUGGGGAACUUGGUUUUUCAUUUUAUUUUCCUCUCACAUGAGGUUUCUGCAAUCUUACAGAAAAGGUAGUAACAAAAAGUUAUUUUUCUGUAACAGCUGGGGUUUAACACCUUAUAAUGGUGUUAUAUAGCUAACAGUUUCUUAAACUGUUAGUGUUUCCUGCUCCCUUUGUUCAAAAAACAUUCAUUGAUAUGCUAUGGGAGAUAGUUGUUAAGCAAACCGCACAAAAAUGCUUAUUAUGCUUGUACAAAAUUGCUGCAACUUUGUCAAGUUAAUGCUGGUAAUUUAGAAACUUAUUUAGAAGCUGG